UGACGCGCAUGCGUAAGAAAGUUCGGCGGCGCUAGCUCGAGCUCCGCAGCUACUAGUCACCUUUCACCAGCAGAGAGAGAGAAGUCACGUCUGAGGGGAUUUAAAGAGACAAACAAGAGCUGGAGACAGCGACAAAGAACUGAAGUGGUCCACCGAGGUCUGCGGGAGACUCUAACUAUCUGCUCUAACUCUAACUAACUCAACGUGAAGGGAAACGGUCACGAGUGAGCGAAAGUUAGUGUUUACUGAUGUUGUUGCUAGCUACCUAGCUGGUUGGCCUGUUAGCUUGUUAGCGAGGAAGCUGCUGCGCUGUCUGGACUGCUGGACUUCACCAGUUAGCCCAACUUAACAGACACGUUAGAUACCUGACAUGCUGCUGGAUACAUCUUAACGUUUAUACACGGUUUGGUAGAUGUUGAGGUGGAUUUGACAAACUCUUUAGUGCUGACCACGAGCUGUGAAUUUAGUGGGGUCGUGUCACACACAAACAGCAUAAAGAGAGAAAACGCACAUUAUUAAGUCACGAUCGUCUACAAACACGGAUGACCUAUAGGCUGGCCACAUUGGACCUGCGACCCGUCCUCCUCCUCAUCGGACUCAGUUCUUCGUCCGUGAUGAUGGGCCCCCUCCUCUUCAGCUAGUCCGACGCCUGGAAACAAUCUGCAGCCCUCUGAACACCAUGGGAGGAUGUGUGGGGAGAUACUGGGAAGGCUGGGAGGACACACAGAGCCGAGGCUCGUCCAGGAACGGUGGACGAGGAGGACGUAACGAGCCUCUGAAGAAAGACCGUCCCAAGUGGAAGAGCGACUAUCCGAUGACAGAGGGCCAGCUGCGGAGCAAGCGGGACGAGUUCUGGGACACAGCGCCAGCCUUCGAGGGCCGCAAGGAGAUCUGGGAUGCCCUGAAAGCUGCGGCCGUGGCCCUGGAGUGUAACGACCACGAGCUGGCCCAGGCUAUAGUGGACGGAGCCAGUAUCACACUGCCACAUGGUACUCUCGCAGAGUGUUACGACGAACUCGGGAACCGCUACCAGCUGCCCGUCUACUGCCUGGUUCCACCCGUCAACCUCAUCUCAGAGCGCAGUGACGACGACCCGAGCGAUAGCCCCGAACCCCCUGUAGCACCCAAGAAGGAAUUCCAGCUCAAGGUACGACUGUCCACGGGCACGGACCUGCGCCUCAGCGCCAGCAUGGCCGACACCAUAGGGCUCCUGAAGAAGCAGCUGCAGGCCCAGGAGGACAUCGACGCCAACCACCAGCGCUGGUUCUUCUCCGGGAAGCUGCUCACGGACAAGACGCGGCUGCAGGACACUAAGAUCCAGAAGGACUUUGUCAUCCAGGUCAUCGUCAACCCGCAGGCCCUCCGAACCCUAAAGCUGUCACCCACCACCACCACCACCACCACCACGACCACCACCACCACCACUGCCUCGUCGCCUGAGUCUGAAUGACCGAGGACACGGGAUAGAUGGUGCGGCAGACGCUUACGGACCAGAGGUGCUUCCCCCAUAUUGCUGGAUAACUUAUGCUUUUUUGAGAACAGCUACUGUAGCUGAAAUAAAAUCGUACUGUGGAGGAACUACUUUGGAGCAAAAACAA